AUGGCAGUACUACGCCCCAAAGGUCCAAUAGUCCCCUUCACUCCAGCUCUACUACCAACGAGCCAAACAAUUCCAGGCCGAGCAAUUCUCCUCGAGAAACUCUCGCCAAAGCACGCAGAUGACCUCUUUGCCCUCAUCGGUGGACUUGAACCAUCUAGAGCAGACCUAUGGGACUACAUGUUCGACGGGCCGUACUCGGAUGUUGAAACUUUCAAAACCAGCAUCGCAUCGAAAUCCACUUCGACAGACCCAUUCUUCUACACAAUCAUCGACAGGCGCAAUUCUUUCCCCACUUUCGGAAAACCCAUUGGCUAUCUCUCUCUGAUGCGCAUGACUCCUGAUCACCUGGGCAUUGAAAUCGGGAAUGUAAUGUACUCGGCUGCGCUCCAGCGCACAACCGGCGCGACAGAGGCGAUCUAUCUCCUCGCUCAGCAUGCUUUCCAUGAUCUUGGGUAUAGGAGGUUGGAGUGGAAAUGUAAUUCGCUAAAUGAGCCUUCGCGGCGUGCGGCUUCACGCUUGGGGUUUUCAUUUGAAGGAGUCUUUCGACAACAUAUGAUUGUCAAGGGGAGAAAUAGGGAUACGGCUUGGUUUUCUAUUUUGAGGGAUGAGUGGGAUGCUUCGCUGAAGUCUGCCAUGGAGAAAUGGCUGGAUGUUGGGAAUUUUGGGGAAGAUGGUGGCCAGAUUAGGUCGCUGCAGGAUUUGAGAGCUGAGUCGGGUUGA